AUGAACGUUCAAGGAAAUUUUCCCAACACAGUUAAUCCUGAUUAUUUUCCAAAUGCUGAUCCAAAUACAAGUGCAUCAAUGCAGCCUCAAGAAGAUUUUUCCAACACAGUUCAUCCUGAUUUUUUUACAAAUGAAAUUGCGAAUGCAGAUCCAAAUUUAGAUUUUCCCAGCACAGUUCAUCCUGGUUUUUUCUCAAAUGAAAAUGCGAUUGCCUAUCCAAAUGCAGAUUUUCCCAGCACAAUCUAUCCUGGUUUUUCUCCAAAUGCAAACGCAAAUUCAGACGCAGAUCCAAAUGCAAGGGCAGGUGCAUCAAGCAGUGGAGCUGGACACAUAAUGGUAUCAGACUUCAGUAUUUACAAGUAUAUAAACAAAUACACGCAACGUGGCUGGAGUAUUGGUAAUGCCUUAAAAGGUGUGUAG